UGUGCACAAACAUGGGAGAAGCACGUUCGACUAUUCCUGUGUUGUCAAAGCCAUUACUGGAUCCGACGAGAGAUUUCAUCAGUCCCGAGCGCUACCUACAGUCUCUAGAAAGAAAGUUGAACAAGGUCCAAGGGAAAAAAGGUCAAGAAGCAAACUCAAAAGACAUAAUUGAAUCACUUGGUAAAGUUCGGGAUGAUCAGAUGGCGCAGCUGAUGUCUGAGACCAGGGUCAGCGGGUCUGAUGACCCAGAUCAGUACAAGGGGUCAAUACUUAACAAGAACCAUAACUCUCCUCAGCUGGAGGAAGUGGUGGCGCUAGUGUAUCAGGACAGUUUGGCAAAGUCUCACGACUUACAACAGGACACAACAGAAGAACAGGCAAUCUGUGAUGCUACAAAAACAUGACCAAAGGCAUUAUAUUAAAUUUCGGGUAACAUGGAUGAAAAUAACGGAUGUUCCAAAAUAUUUCAGGAACAUGAGAUUUUUCAAAUUGUAGUGUAUUAUCAAAAGUGCUGAAGCGUCUGUCAUGUGCAAUAUAUCAUUCCAUAAACACACAUAUUUAAUGUUUAGAUAGGUCAUUGUCCAGAGGUUCCAUGCCGAGUUACCAUCCUGCAUGCUUUAUUGAUUGGAAUGUUGUGAAUUUUCAGACAAAAUAGUGUUAUCUCAUAUUUGGGCAUCAUCAAUGACAUGGUUCAGUAUUAAUUGGCCAAUCUAUGUAUUAACCUAACGACACAUCUAGUCAGUGUGUGAUUACAUUCAAGAUGGUGCAGUAAGAUUGUGCUGUUCACAAACCAAGUGACAACUCAUUAACCAGAACAACGGGAAAUGUAAUGUAGCGUCUGGUUCAUAUUUAAUGGUUGUGAUAUUAAAAAGAUAUUUACAAACUUU